GCACUCAGCUGUUCUACGUUAAUACCAAUGGUUUUGGGAAACAGCUCAGAGAUUUAACGAUGCCCUCAGCUGUUCUACAUUAAUACCAAUGAUUUUGGGGAACAGCUCAGAGAUUUAACGAUGCACUCAGCUGUUCUAGGUUAAUACCAAUGGUUUUGUGCAACAGCUCGGAGAUUUAACGAUGCACUCAGCUGUUCUACAUUAAUACCAAUGGUUUUGGGAAACAGCUCAGAGAUUUUACGAUGCACUCAGUUGUUCAACGUUAAUACCAAUGAUUUUGGGGAACAGUUCAGAGAUUUAACGAUGCACUCAGCUGUUCUACGUUAAUACAAUUGGUUUUGGGAAACAGCUCAGAGAUUUAACGAUGCUACUACAAAGGUUUUAAUGAUCAACAUAGCUUUAAGAUGGUUUUGGGAAACAGCUCAGAGAUUUAACAAUGCUCCUACGAAGGAUUUAAUGAUGAACAUAGCUUUAAGAUUGUUUUGGGAAACAGCUCAGAUAUUUAACGAAGCUCCUACGAAGGUUUUUUAUGAUAAACAUAGCUUUAAGAUUGUUUUGGGAAACAACUCAGAUAUUUAACGAUGCUCCUACGAAGGUUUUAAUGAUAAACAUAGCUUUAAGAUGGUUUUGGGAAAGCAGGUCCUGGACAAAAGCAUCUGCUGAAUUCAAAAGAAAAUGUUUUACAUACAGAUCUCAUGCUACUGUAUUUAAUCUUUUACGUUAUUAUUUUUUUAAAUUGAUGUCACAAAUGUAUCAUUUGUACCUAUCUCUAUAAAAUAUUUAGUUAUUUGUUACAUUUGACUGUGUAAAACCUAGCAGUACUUCUCAUUUCUCUGAGUGAGGCAGAUAUAUAAUUUUGCAUGAUUAUUUGUCUCUCUGAAAUAAAACCAACAAGUGAUAAGUUUUCAACAAAUACAUGUCUGUCAUUGAGCUACCCCAUGCCAUGAUUAGAUAGUGAAAAAACACACCAAUCUCUUUCAAAAUGUCUCUAAGAAAUAAACGCUAAUUUCCAAAUGUUUCUGAAAAUGGGUAUAUAGCGUGGAAUGAAACUCUUCUUAUGUUUCUCCAUCUGAGCUCAGAGUAAAUGAGAGAUGUAAUGUUUGUCUCUGUUGUGUUGAAGCCCAAUCAAGCAGGAGAGACCACCCUCCCCCUGUUCCCAGCUUUGUGUCCAUGAAGAGUGACUGGUCUAUGAAUCCUCCUCUAAACUUUAGAGAGGGAGACUUUUCUACUGAACAAAUAAACCAACAGGAGAGAUCAGAGUCAGAGACUCUCAGUGGUCAGUCUUCCCAGAGUCAUCAAACAGACCUGGCCUCCAUAUUCAGUUUGCUUGAAGAGAAUAUUAUGACAUUUGUGAAGAAUGAACUGAAGAGGUUCAAGAGGAUUCUUAGUCCAAAACUCCCAGAAUGCUUUGAGAGUCAGAAGCAGGAUAAGGAAGUGGUGGAUGCUGAAGAUGAGAAGCAGGAGAGCAGUGCCAGAGAGGGGGCUCUGAAGAUCACACUGCACGUCCUGAGGAAAAUGAACCAGAUGGAGCUUGCUGACACACUGGAGAAAUAUGAGCUUGCUCUGAUUUGCCAAAGUGAACUCAAAUCUAAUCUAAAGAAGAAGUUUCAAUGUGUAUUUGAGGGGAUCGCUAAACAAGGAAACCCAACACUUCUCAAUAAGAUCUACACAGAGAUCUACAUCACAGAGGGUGGAACAGGAGAGGUCAAUAAUGAACAUGAGCUGAGACCGAAUGAGACAACAACCAGGAAACAAGCAAGACCAGAGACUGCAAUCAAAUGUAAUGACAUCUUCAAACCCUUAGCUGGACAAGACAAACCUAUCAGAACUGUGCUGACAAAGGGAGUCGCUGGCAUUGGAAAAACAGUCUCUGUGCAGAAGUUCAUUCUGGACUGGGCUGAAGGAAAAGCAAAUCAGGAUGUCCAAUUUGUAUUUUCAUUCCCUUUCCGGGAGCUGAAUUUAAUGAAAGGGGAUGAACACACUUUCAUUGAACUUCUUAAUCACUUCUCAAUGGAAACCAAACAAUCAAGAAUCUCCAACUACGACAAGUACAAAGUUCUGUUCAUCUUUGAUGGUCUGGAUGAGUGCCGACUGCCCCUAGACUUCCAGAAGAACAAGAUUUGUUGUGACGUCACAGAGUCAACCUCAGUGGAUGUUCUGCUGACAAAUCUCAUCAAGGGAAAUCUGCUUCCCUCUGCUCUCCUCUGGAUAACUACCCGACCUGCAGCAGCCAAUAAGAUCCCUUCAGGGUGUGUUCACCAGGUGACAGAGGUACGAGGGUUCAAUGACCAACAGAAGGAGGAGUACUUCAGGAAGAGAUUCAGUGAUGAGGACCUGGCCAACAGAAUCAUCUCACACAUAAAGACAUCAAGGAGCCUCCACAUCAUGUGCCACAUUCCAGUCUUCUGUUGGAUUUCUGCAACAGUCCUUGAACACAUGCUGAAACAUAAGAGAGAAGAGAUGCCCAAGACUCUGACUGACAUGUACACACACCUUGUGGUGUUUCAUACCAAACAGAAGAAUGAAAAGUAUCUUGGGAAAGAAGAGACAGGUCCACACUGGAAUAAAGAGAGCAUUCUGUCACUGGGAAAACUGGCUUUUCAACAGCUUGUGAAGGGCAAUCUGAUUUUCUAUGAAAAAGACCUGAAAGAGGCUGGCAUUGAUGUCAAUGAAGCCUCAGUGUACUCAGGAUUGUGCACACAGCUCUUUAAAGAGGAAUGUGGGCUGUACCACGACAAGGUGUACUGCUUUGUUCAUCUGAGCAUUCAGGAGUUUCUGGCUGCUGUAUAUGUGUUCCUCUCAUUCAUCAACAACAAUGAGAAUGUAAUGGACAAACUACAAACCAAGUCCAGUAUCUUUUCUUUGCUGUUCAGAGGCAAGCAUAAAGUUACUGUCUACAAGAGUGCUGUGGAUAAAGCCUUACAAAGUGAGACGGGGAAACCUGGACCUUUUCCUCCGCUUCCUGCUGGGCCUCUCACUGGAGUCCAAUCAGAAGCACUUACGAGGUCUACUGACAAAGACAAGAAGCAGCUCACAGAGCCAUGA